UACAAAGUACUUAAAGCAGAAACCCCCAAGAAUCAUGAAGUGUUUCAUUUUGAGGUCGUGUGUUAGCGUUAGACAUACAGCUAACCUACACCUCCUCCGCGGAAGUAGGUUUCUGUGAAGCACAUUGCUGAAACUGAAAACAGUUAAAUUACCACACUGUUUUCCCAACACUUCCUCCGUGUGAAGCACGGGACCCGUGUGCUCAGCUGGAUUGGUCCAUCACAACAUCGGUUAUCAGUCUGCUACUCUCCCUUUCUCAAUCAGCUAGCUAGCUGUCGUAGUACAGGCACUUCUUACACCACAGCUGGAGAAGGAACCUCUCAGUUCUGACUUGUGGGUAUCAGGCAUCAAGUUAAGGAACCAGUUCCCUCCAAGGUUCCCACCUGAUGGAGCAGCGGUUGUCAGUCUUUGUGAAAAGGCACCAUGUUUCCUUGUCACGUAAGCGCCUGGCCUUCUGCUGAGCCGCCAGCCUCCUGCGGCAGUCAUGCACCGCCAGCACAGCCCUCACAGCCCCUGCCGGAUCUGCUGUGCAGCUGUCCUGCUCCACCUUUGAACACCCACUCUGAGACGCCUUCCCCAGACCCCAUGGAGUCCCUUAUCGUGGUCACAGAGUAUGAACCCAGCAGACCACCUGGAGAGGUUGGGGAGGAGGAGGUAGAAGAAAUGGACAGUUCUGAGACACCUGAGCCAGCUUGCUCUGUGGCGCCACCUUUCCGGACUCCUUCCUGCGACCUGCUGUCCCACACAGUUGGCCGGCCAGAGGCUCUGCUGCCCGAAAGCCAAGAGCAAAGGGGAAGGUUAAACCUGUCAGACAGGAAACUAUCUCUGCAGGAACGCUCCCAAACGACAGCAUCACCCUGCAGUUCCCCCGGACUCAAUGGGCGCUACAUUUACCCAUCACUGCCCUACUCGCCCAUCACAUCACCUCACUCCUCUCCACGCUUGCCUCGCCGGCCAACUGUGGAGUCUCACAGUGUUUCCAUCACAGACCUGCAGGAUUGUGUUCAGCUCAACCAGUACAAGCUGAAAGACGAGAUUGGAAAGGGGUCCUAUGGUGUCGUCAAGCUGGCUUACAAUGAGGAUGACAACACGUACUAUGCGAUGAAGGUGUUGUCCAAGAAGAGACUGAUGAGGCAGGCAGGUUUCCCACGGAGACCCCCGCCUCGUGGAGCCAAAGCAGCCCCUGAAGGCCCCCCUCAGCCCAAAGGACCUCUGGAGCGGGUCUAUCAAGAGAUUGCUAUCCUAAAAAAGCUAGACCAUCCUAAUGUGGUGAAACUAGUAGAAGUUUUGGAUGACCCCAGCGAGGACCAUCUGUACAUGGUGUUUGAGCUGGUAAAGCAAGGGGCUGUGAUGGAGGUGCCGACAGCUAAACCUUUCAGUGAGGACCAGUCACGCUUUUACUUCCAAGAUCUGCUCAGGGGAAUCGAAUAUUUACAUUACCAGAAGAUCAUUCACAGAGACAUCAAACCCUCUAACCUGCUGGUGGGAGAAGAUGGACACGUUAAGAUAGCAGACUUCGGAGUCAGCAACCAGUUUGAGGGGGCUGAUGCUCUCCUGACCAGCACAGUGGGAACACCUGCCUUCCUCGCUCCUGAAGCACUCUCUGAGACCAGGAAGAACUUCUCCGGAAAGGCCUUGGAUGUUUGGGCCAUGGGAGUGACCCUUUAUUGCUUUGUCUUUGGAGUGUGUCCAUUUAUGGAUGAGCGCAUUCUCAGUCUUCAUCAGAAAAUCAAGACACAACCUGUGGAGUUACCUGAACAUGCUGAUAUCUCAGAUGAUCUCAAAGAUUUGUUGCUGAAAAUGCUGGAUAAGAAUCCAGAGAUGAGAAUAUCAAUCCCACAGAUUAAGGUGCACCCGUGGGUGACACGGCACGGAGCUGAGCCUCUUCCUCCGGAGGAUGACAACUGCUGUAUGCUGAUAGAGGUGACCGAGGAGGAGGUGGAGAAUUCUGUCAAACACAUCCCCAGCCUGGCUACAGUGAUAUUGGUGCGAACCAUGCUGAGGAAGCGUUCCUUCGGGAACCCCUUUGAUUGGUCCCGUAAAGAAGACCGCAGCAAUUUGUGUACUCCGGGGCAAACGCUCAUGAAAGGCAGAGCAGGCAAAGUGAGGUACUGCUACAUUCAUUGUGACCAAAGAAGGAAACAGGAGAGUGGUGAUGGCAUGAGGAGUAUAGACCUGCCCUACGUGGGAGAGGAUGAAGCUCUUUCCUGAUGCAGUGGGUUUAAAAUGUCCGCUGGCAUCUGCCUGCCUGCAGCCACCCCUUUACUCACAGUUUUAUACUGGAAGUCUACACCUAUGUACAUUUCCCGGGAGGUGGACAAGUGUGGUGGACACAAAGAAAAAGGAAGAAAUUAAGAAUCCAAGGCAUUUUGACUAUGUUGCUGAAGCUUUUAUUCCAUUCUCUCCUGUUAAAAAGCUCAGUUCAGGGUUGCAGGAGUUGAGACCGUCAGAUGGGAACCUUCCGGGAGAGUAUCCUCCUGAACCUUGAACCUGUCUUCAGCCCUUAUUGCCCGACCCGCUCUGUCCUGCAUGCAUUUGUAGUUUGGCAUGCUUUGUCUCAGGCUUCAACUGUACAGUUUUGUGUUUCAUUGUAGUUUAGCUACAUGUGUUUCUCCUUGUCUUUACUUGACAAUUCUUUCAGGUACACAGGGCACGGUAACAGGUGAUGGUUUAUUGGGAGGGCUAGUUUGUGUUCACCAUAAGCUCCACAUCCUCUUUAGGAGAGCAGGUUUUAUUGACCAUGAUUGUCUGGUCCACUUUGCUUGCUUCAGAGUAGCAGUGCCCAGUUUUGUAACAUAUUUUAGAAUGAAGAAUCUGUACAGUUAUCCCAAAAUACAAAAGAGGAGUGGAAAAAUGUUUACUUCAUUGAAUGCAUGUGUUUACUUUCCCAAUGCAAACACUAUAUAAGCUAUUUAUAAGCAUUUGCACGCUCAUAGACACACAUUUGACUUUUUUUAGUCUUAUCACUGGCUUAUUGGGGCUCCCUUUUACUACAAUCAAUAGAAAGCUUUAAAAACAGUUAAUGUAGUGCUUUGUGAACAAUCAAAUUCAUCAUCACUGUAGACAAGAUAGCAUAGAGAAAUUGGAAUUUUCUUUUGCAAAGCUAGAGCUUCUAGUCAAUCUUUUUUUAAGUGAUCAAUUAUGCUUUUUCCCUCUUUAUAUUUAUAAAUUCACAGAGUUGCAACAGUUGAGCAAUGAAAGUACUGAUCUACCAAAUGCACAUAAGAAAAACAGAAUGUGUGGGUGCAAAAUUAUUAAUAAAAUAGUAAUAAAAUAGUUCUUUUUUUCUCUCUGGUUGCUUGUACGGAUAUGGUUGUGUGUUGUGAUACGUUUCACAUGUUUCAACUGUUUGCUUCACAAAGUGGAGCUUUGUAUGUAGACUCAAAACAGGAAAUAAUGACUAUGGAACCUCAAGUUAAAAUUGUGAAUGUUCUUACUCGUUUUUAUUUGUUUUGUAUUUGAAAAAACAAAUUGCCAGUUAUUUUACAACCGCACAUUUUUAGGACACCAAAAACUUCAAUUAUGUCUAUUUUUUUUUAUAUAUAGUACAGGAUGGUAACUUAAAGAAAACAAACCUUUAAACUAUUUGUUCGUUAUUGAGCGACUAGAGCAGGCUACCCAAGUUAUGUAUGUAUGCAUAGUGCAGCUGCAGACUUUUUGUACAAAUCUAUGCAUGACGUAUCUGUAGAGGUAAUGAGCUUAAAUCCUGUUGUCAUCUUUGGUCAGAGGGGUAGGCCACUUUGCAAAUAUUUCAAAUUAAUUAUUACAUUUCUGUUUAUUGAUGUGUUUCAUCCCAAGUUUCCCAAAGCAGUAAAUUAGCUCCUUUUCACUCCUUCAUUUUCUCAAAUAUUUUAGUGUAUAGCUGAGGUCCCUUGAUUUGUCUCUAACAUAGAAUAUUGACUUAAUAUUGAUUAUAACAUUUAAUGCUUCCACACACUAAUUACUGCAGCAAUUAAGUGUUGAACUUAUAAGAAAGGGACUUUGGAGUUUUUUUCUUACUACUUGCAUGUCACUCUGAAAUGUUUGUCUUUUUUAUGACUAGUACUAUGCAUAUGAUGUAUCUCUCUCUGUAUGGUGCAGUGGUACGCCGUGGCAGGUUGUCAAGUACAGUGUGCACACUCAGUGGCAGGAUGAGGAGUGCUGUAUGUGGUUGACUGAUUCGAAUUUGUUUUUGCUUAGCCGAUGUUUUAUCCACAAAGAUCUAAUUAAGCUGCUCUCUCGGCUGCAGGCUUCUGCAGACUGAGGGAGUCACUCUGGAUCAAGAUUUUCAAAACAUUAUUGUACUGUGCUUUUUCAAGGAUGCUCUUCUUCUAAUGAUAGCCAUAUGAUCUUUUAACAUGCGUAAUUUAGUCAGAAAAUGAAUUGCAGAAAUGUCUCAAUUAGUGUCAUGCUCUCCACAUUUAUGAAAGUUUUUACACUCUGUUAUACUGUAAGUUGCUAUAGAUAUUGUUAUUUAACAUACAGUUUUUAUCUUGAGCAAAACAAGACAGUUACUUCCCCUUUGGUGUGAAUAUUUUGCCCUCUGUGACAAACAAGAAUGAACUGAAGGACAUUUUGGGUGACAGUGCAAGCCACAAAAAAGCUGUAACAAAUAUUUUAUACAUAUAAUAUUUAAACCUGUAGUUUGCUUCAAUGCAGCCUUUGUCCACUCUAGUCAAAAGGGCCAGGCUCAGUGAUUAAUCUUUAUUGUUGACAUGGUUUUGCAUUUUGUAGUGUAAACUUGGGGGCUCUUUUCCCCUAAAUGCAUGCCAACAUACUGAACACAUAACACUGUAUUGUUAUAGCAUGAGAGGUCCUUAAAAACAAAAUGGGACCUUUGAAGUAAUUAUUCUAUACAUACUGUAUGUUGUUCAUCAUUUGAAUAAAAUAUUAUUGCCUUUG